UUAAAAGAAAAGUAGCUGCAAGAAGGUCAUGCCCAUGGGUGAAUGCCACUUCCAGCCAUGGGUAGUUGGUGGACACUUUGCUUUUUAAUUUUCCUGGACAAAAGCCGGGGACAAGAACAAACCUAUGGUAUUUCAACACCCAAAGUCUUCCAUGUUGGAGCACCUGAAAAUGUUGUAAUUCAAGCCCAUGGCUACACUGAAGCAUUUGAUGCGACAAUCUCUGUAAGAAGUUAUCCUGACAAAAAUAGGACCUACUCUUCAGGUUAUGUUAAUUUAUCUCCAGAAAAUAAAUACCAAAACUCGGCAGUGUUAACAGUUCAGGCCAAACAGUUGGCUGAAGGACCAAGCUCAUAUUCAUAUGUGUAUUUGGAAGUUGUGUCGAAGCAUUUUUCAAAAUUAGAAAAAAUGCCAGUCCUCCAUGACAAUGGCUCUCUCUUCAUCCAUACUGACAAGCCUGUCUACAUGCCACAGCAGCCUGUAAAGGUUGGCAUCUAUUCCCUGCAUGAUGAAUUAGAGACAGUUACAAAGGAAGCUGUCUUAACUUUCAUAGACCCUGAAGGAUCAGAAGUUGGCACAGUACAUGGAAACAAUCAUACUGGAUUUGUCUCUUUUCCCGACUUCAAGAUUCCUUCUAACCCGAAAUACGGUAGAUGGACAAUUAAAGCUAAAUACAGAGAGGAUGAUUCAAUAAAUGGAACCACACACUUUGACGUCAAAGAACACGAUAAAGCUUACAAAAUAACUCUCAUGCCAAUACGUGAUCUGCAGCACCAAGUGGGAAUUCCAGGUGAAGCCCAAGAUGUGAGUCUCCAGCCAGAACAUUACCUGAAAGAGAAAAUACAGGAACAAGUUUCUACAUACAAACAUCCAAUGCUAAAGAAGUGCUGUUAUGACAGAGCUUUACUUAAAACAUAUGAAACCUGUGAGCAACGAGCUGAACGUGUGAAAAUAGGUCCCCGCUGUGUCAGAGCCUUCACUUCCUGUUGUACCCUGGCAAAGAAGAUCAGAGAUGAACACACCUUUAAACAAUGCUAUGUGUCACUUCAUGUCAGUUCAUGACCAUAAAUGGUCUUUCUGUGACUGGAAGUUUGAGACCUGCUGGAGAAGGGCUGGAUGUGUCCCACAUGCCUGUGAGGUGGAGUUCAUGUGGCUUCAGUUACCAAAACACCUGGCCACACACGGAAGAGAAGCUGUAGUCGUUGGCAUCGGAAACGACAGCAUUUUCUGUCACCAUUGGUAUGAAAACUGUCUGGACUGCACUGAUGCCAAAGUGACCUGUUGCUCCAAUUGUCAUUUAGAUCCUUUUGUGUAGCACGAUGAACAAAAGACCCAGAGAGAGAUGUUGGGAUUCAAGCUUCAAGCUGAUGAUCUGAGGAGCAAAGCAACCAGCGACUAGCUCUCACCUGUACCUCAGCUGAGACCAAAGGGCAGAUACUCAGACUGCUCCCAACUUCACUGCUCCUCAGAUUCCCUCAAACUGCUAUGCUCUCCUCAAUGUGGCUGGAGACGAACUCUCAGACUGAGUGUCAACUCUGAGACCCUGUUCCUGUCUUAUACACCUCCCUAAUGCUGGAAUUAAAGGCAUGUGAUCCCA